CUUACAAGCAGAGGAGAAACGAGAGUGCUUCUGCCGGCACCAAUCAAGUGCCGGUCGAUCGUACCUAUUUGGCUCGUCAAGUGCAGUUGCCCUGAAUUUAAAUCAAUUUACGUGUGUCAUACAGAUUCCUUUUAGCGCCCAAUUCCAUCCGAAAUUAAACAUUAUACACGGGAUUGCGAUUACACGACAUCUCUAGCUGUGACGUCAUUAGCGCAUGUCUUUUAGAACUGCUUUUAGACGUCUAGUUACAAAUAUCCCCCGAAUAACCGGCCAACACUGAAUGGACAUAAUAGCGUUGGGUUUGGUUGGGUCAGACUUCAGUCUCUACAGGAGUCUAUUGUGUUUCGUGCGUACACUGGAUGUGUAUUCGGAAUUGUAUUGUGAUCUGAUGAUUGUUUUUUAUUUUUCUUAACGAAAUUCGUAAAAAACAUUAGUCACCUGUUGAGUGCGUUAUUAUUUGUGAACUUGUGAUAAAUAGAUUCGCACGGAAAGUUGGUCAUUUCCUCUUAUCGAUCAGCUGUCGAAUUCUGUUGAGUUUAAAAAGCUUGCCAAUUAAUAAAAGACAUGGCACACUACAAGGGAGCAGCCAGCGAGGCUGGCAGGGCAAUGCAGUUAAUGAAGAAGAGAGAAAUUGCUCAACAAGAAAUAGAGUUGAGGAAAAAGAAAAUUGAAGAUGACUUGAAGAUCCAUAACAUAGAAAACAAAUUUGCAACGCAUUACAAUGCUGUUGAGCAGCAGUUAAAAACGUCCACCAUUGGUCUGGUGACUCUGAAUGAAAUGAAAGCUAAACAGGAGAACAUAGUAAAAGAACGCGAAAGGAAAUUGGCACAGAAAGAACGUGAAAAGGAACAAGAGAAGGAGAGAGCCCUUGCUGCCAAGCAAGCUGAGAAGAAUAAGCAAAAGAGACAGAUACAAGCUUUGUCUUUCAGUUUAGAUGAAGACGACGUAGAACUCUCUGAGACUGAAGAAGAAGUAGAAAUAAAAGAGAGAUCAAGAGACAAUGAUCUUGGAUCAGUAGCCAAGAAAAUAAAGAAAAAUCCUGAUGUGGACACGAGCUUUUUACCUGACAGGGAAAGAGAGGAAGAAGAGAAUAGAUUAAGGGAGGAACUGAGGCAAGAAUGGGCUAGGAAACAAAAUGCCCUGAAAGAAGAAGAGAUAGAAAUAACUUUCAGUUAUUGGGAUGGGUCUGGACAUAGGAGGAGCGUGAUUAUGAAGAAAGGUAAUUCUAUUUAUCAACUGCUCCAGCGAUGUCUAGAGGUUCUAAGACGCGAAUUUAGCGAACUGAAAACAGUUAUGGCAGAUCAGUUGAUGUAUGUCAAGGAAGAUCUCAUUUUACCGCAUCAUUACACCUUCUAUGACUUUAUUGUAACAAAGGCAAGAGGAAAGAGCGGGCCCCUUUUUACGUUUGAUGUGCACGAUGAUAUUCGUGUCAUGCACGAUGCUUCUGUUGAGACAGAAGAAUCUCAUGCUGGAAAGGUAUUGCUUAGAUCGUGGUACGAGAGGAACAAACAUAUAUUUCCCGCCAGUAGAUGGGAACCCUUCGACCCGACCAAGAGUUAUGACAAAUAUACGGUAUCAGAUAAGAAUAGGAAGAAAGAUAAGAUUUAAUAGAGACUCAAUUGUACAUACAUUAGGAACUAAUUGUACAGAUAGAAGUUAAGAGAUUUCAACGUUGUAAGGUAUUAUAUAUUUUAUUAGAAUAUAUACACAACUGCAGUCGAUUACAUUCGCGUACAUUUUCUGCAAUGUACAAAAAUUUGUUUUGUAAAGAGAUAUUUUGUAUACACCGUACGUAAUAUAUUGAUCAUAUUCAUUUCUUUUAA